AUGAAAGAAAGAUCAAGAGCAAAUGCUAUAUCCUUUGCGAAUGUGACUUUUAAACUCAAAAUGAACUAAGAGUAGUUCCAAGAAGAUUAUCCAAAAGUGCAAGAAAGUCGUAAAUAAAAUGAAUUGUAUUUCUAGUUUAUAUAAUUCUGAAAUUGAGUGAAGCAGAUGCUGAUCAGAUUGAUACUGGAAAGACUUUUGAAAUGCAGUUAAAUGAAGAAAGUAAAGAAUCCUGCAUUUACUAAUCAACUAUACGACUCUAGCAACAAAGCAAAUAUAUAUAUCAAUAUUUUCGAAAGACAAACGAUAAAACUAUCUAUGAAAAAGAUUUUAGAGGCUUUAAAUUUGUCUCUGAUGAACCUUAAGAAGUAGAUGAGUGGAAUAAAUAAUGGUGUAGAUAUAAUUUCAUUUAUUCUGGUCAAAAUUUAAGCAUCUUUUCAGGUUAUUAGGCUUAUGUAAAGGAACAUAAUUAGACCAAUAUGAUUAGACUAGAGCAAAUUUCUAGUAAUAGGAUGAGUUGUAAAGAAAUCAUAGAUUUGAAUACGAAUCCAAAAAAUAGAUAAUUGUGUUUUAUCUAAAUUCAAUUAGAAUUGGAUUAUUAACCAAGAAUUAUAAACUCGAUUUAUAACUCAUCCAAUUUAGAUGGAGAAAAGUAAAUCAUAGAUGAAUCCUUGGCAAUAACUGAUCUUACGAAAAUUAAAAACUUUAGAUCGAAUCUAAUCUCUGUUGAAUUUAAAGAAAUAGACAGUAAAAUAAGAAAAAGAAUGGAAAAUUAUUCAAGACUUUUUAAUGAGGUGAAAAGAUUGAAACAGGAGUUGUAAUAUUUAAAAAAUUAAAUUGGAAAUAAAUAGGAUUUGCAAUAAUUAUAAAAUGAUUAUGAAAAUAAACUAAAGGAAUAAGAGUCUCAAAAUGAAAUUGAUAGAAUAAAAUAAGAAUAAGAUAAAUAAUAGGAAAUUCUUGAGUUAAAAAUACAGCACUAAAAGGAAAUGAAAGAAAUUAUAACUGAUAAUCAGGAUAAAUUUGGUCAAUUGAUAAAAUAGAAAUAAAAUGAGUUUGAUGAUUUCAAAAAUUAUUCAGAAAAGAUCAUUUAAAAAUAUAUAGAAUAAUAUAAUAAUGCUCAUCAAAAGAUUAUGGAAUUGGAAUUUAACAAGGUUAACUUCUCUUCUGAAGAGAUUACAAUUCAAGCAGAAGAUGUCAAUCAAUUGUCUGAAGAAGAAUAAAAUAAUCUUCAAGAACUUCAGAAGCGAUUGAAAAUUUAUGAAUCUAAAGUUAUUGAAAUGAAGGAAGAAAACGAGUGUAUUAAGGAAAAAUUAGAAAAAAACAAUCUUCAAAUAAAGGAAAAAUGCAUGAGUUCCAUAGUUGAAUUGUAAAAAUGUAAGGAAUUAUUAGAAACAUGCCAAAACGAGUAUAAAGAAAAGCAAAUAGAAGUAAAUAUUAGUUAAGAAAAAUAAAAUCGAUAUUAAUAAACAUUAAAAGAUUUCAAACGAAAAUUGGAAAAAUAAGAAAAUGAAUUAAUCACUUAUUAGAAGGCAUUGGAAGAUUUAGACAGAAAAUAUAAAGAAGAAUAAGAAAAAAAUAUCAUUUAGAAAAAUGAAUAUCAAUAAAAAACCAAAGACUUGAAAAAAGAAUACGAUGUAGCAAUUCGCGAUUUAUAAGAAUAAAAUCGACGAAAACUAAAUUAAUAAAAUGAAGAAUGUAAAAAAUUAGAAGAAUAAAAAAAUUAAUUAGAGAGAACCAAUUUGAGUUAAAUCAUUGACUAAGAAGCAAAGCAAAAAUAUAAAAGAAUUAUAAAUGAAAUACCUCCUUAAAAUUAAUUUUACAAAAAUUGUAUCAGAUUUAUCCUCCUCAAGAAAAAUCCCAGACAAAAGCCAAUAUCGGUUGCUUAUUAAGAAUUUAAAUAAAUAAUUUAAGAAAUAUCAACGCAUUUAAAUUAAUUAUAAGAAUAUAAAAUUAAAAAUCUUAAAGAUUUAGGAGUUUAAAUCAUUUCAGAUAUAUAGAACAUCUAUUUUAAUUCAGAUGCUUUUGAAAAUUUACUUAAUGAGAACUUUAAGAAAUAAAUUUGCAAAUUAACCUUGAUAUUAAAUAAAAUUAAUGAAGAUGAAUGCAUUAUCAGCUAAGAAUUAAAAGAUAAUUAAAAUAUCAUUGAUUUAGAACAACUAACUAAUUAACUUUCGGAAUAUCUUACAGUUCUAAUGAAAUAGUAAUAAGAAAAAAAAAAAUAUUUAGUUUAGAAAAAAUAAAAUAAAUGGUUCGAUAAAAUAAAUUUACUGCCAGCAUUUGUUAUACUCAUAAUGAUAGUUUUCUUUUAUUAUCAAAACCUGCUAAUAUGA